AUGUACAGCCAAACUGCAUUGGAGGCUGGACUUCUCGUCAUCAACACGGGCAAGCCCACCUUUGCCCGACGAGGAGUCAAGAGUCGCAGCGUCAUCGACCUCUCACUGGUGUCGGAGCGCUGUCACUACGAGUGGCACCGAAAGCCCGACACACAGGGGUCCGAUCACUUUCCCAUCGUCCUCGAGCCCCUCCACAAUGCUCACCAACAAGUGCGCACAUACUGUGUAGUGAACUGGCCCCGAUUCCGCGAACUGUGUGCUACUGUGCCAGUCGCGUCAGACCUCUUCACACACAUCGCUGAGUGCGCCAGCAGUGCUUCUGUUUACGGUGCUGUGCCCGCUAACACACCUGCACCGGACAUUAAACAGCUCAACCUUCGAGCUGCUCGCCGGAGAGCACAACGUGUAGCCAUUCGCACCGCCAAACCCGAGCACUGGACUCUCUACAAUCGUAUUGAUGCCGUGUGCCGUCGUCACGCAAGGCAACGCCGCAACGAGAGCUGGGCUGGGCUCUGUGCCACUCUGGAUGACCCCCGAAACCAGUCCCGAUGUUGGGGCAUCCUCGGUGCCAUGCUCCGUACAAAAGUCCCCCGUUGCCCGGCCCUGUCUAUUGCAGUCGCGCGUCACAUCACUUCCGCCCAAGUCGCCGAACUUAUUGCCGACAACUUCUGCGUUCUGCCUCAUGAACCCGCCUCUGCUCACGCCGUUUCAUUGGCCCCUCCCGACGAAAACAGAUGCGAACUUUUUGCACCUCUCCGUUACUUCCCUACACAGGGCAUUAGAGACGAGAUCCGUGCAUUGUGUAGUGAAGACUUCACCAUUUAUGAGCUCACAUUUGUGCUCCAAAGCCGCAAACGUCGGUCCGCACCGGGAAGCGACGGCAUCACCUAUCAAAUGCUUCGCAACCUCGACCACUCUCAACUCCCCCACCUCCUCGAAGCCUACAACGUCGUUUGGCGCACCGGAGUCAUUCCAGCCUCCUGGAAAGAAGCCACCGUUGUGCCCCUCCUGAAAAAGGGCAAACCAGCCUCCCAACUAACUUCCUACCGGCCCAUUUCCCUCACCUCUGCCGCUGGGAAAGUUCUCGAGGCAAUGGCGCUUCGUAGGCUCGACUGGAUCGCCGCCGCACUGGACUUUAUUCCACCCGAAAUGAGCGGCUUCCGACGGCAUCGUGCGACCGCUGACUGCCUCGCUGACGUCAUCGCUACACUAGAAGACGCCAAACAACGAGGGUAUGUCGGCUACCUUGUCCUACUCGACGUUAAAAGCGCCUUUGACAACCUCCCGCACGACACCAUCAUGGACGCACUGCGCGCCAUUCGUGUUUGUGACCGCCUCUUGGCCUACGUGUCUGCCUUCCUUAGCGGCCGCUCCUUUCGUGUGCGCGUCGGGGGCUCGACAGGCUCACCUCGCUCCAUCUCCGUUGGUGUCCCUCAGGGGAGCGUCCUCAGCCCCUUCCUUUUUAAUCUUGCACUGGCACGCCUUCCCGACUUCAUCCCGCGCACCCUCCCUUCUGACGUCCGCCUAGCCAUUUACGCUGACGAUUUGGCUCUCUUCGCUGUUGGACCCACGUCAAGCGGCACGCAGGUUCGUCGAAGCAUACAGGGUGCCAUAAACGCCAUCGACUCCUACCUCACCGGAACACAGCAGCAGCAGCAGUGCGGUUUCCCGGGCAGGCCGGCGUACGGCCGCAUCAGCCUGAUCCGGGACUCGUAUGAAAAGGGCCAGACCGUCUCCUACACGUGCGACUCCAGCUUCAACUUGCUCGGCCAGAGCACGCGCCAGUGCCUCGACAACGGAACCUGGUCCGGAGCGCUUCCCGUAUGCGACACAAGCCUGACGGUACAGCGCAUCCCGGAGGCAUCUGGCUACCUCUACGCCUAUCCCCCGGGGAACGCACUGGACGGCUCCAAGAGCACCUGCUUCUACACCACCUACCAACCGCCCCGGUGGUGGCGCGUAGACCUGGGCGCCGCCUACCACGUGCUAUCCGUGGCACUCACGGUGCCACACGUCAGUUCCCGGCAGGACCUCGAGGUGCGUGUCGUGAGCUACGAGGGCAACAAGGCUGUGUUCAACAGAUGCGCCGCAUUCAGUGGGAAGUUCUCGACCCAAACGGUGGUCCUGAUGUGCGACGAAGGCAAGGGCAUCAUCGGCCAGUACGUCGACGUCGCCGACAAGCGCAAGGACCCCGACCACUUCAGCCUCUGCGAGGUCGAGAUCUACGUGCUCAGAGAGAAGUACCAGUGCGGGGACCCGGACAAGCCACCCAAGUCGUACACAGUACCGCUGUCACCGCAGCAGAUGGAGUACCGCUGCGUGUCCGGAUACAAACUGUCCGGCCCGAGCGUCCGUACCUGCCUCGAGUCUGGACAGUGGUCAGCGGCAGCCCCUAGGUGCCUGGAGGCCGCAUGCCCCUCCCUGGGUCCCCUAGACAACGGGAAAGUGGCAGUGCGAGGCACAAGCAAUGGCCGCACCGUGCAAGGGAGCCAGCUCAUCUACACCUGCGACCCUGGCUACAUCCUGGAGGGCAACGACACCCGCACCUGCCUCGAGGACGCCCGAUGGGGAGGACAGCAGCCACACUGCCAGCCCGUCACCUGUGAUGUGCCAGCAUUCGAAGUAGACGGUGGGACAUACACGCUGCUCAAUGUGUCUACAAAUUACGGCGACUUGGCUGAGCUCAACUGCCACCUGGGAUACGAAAGGCAGGGUGGCCCAACCACCAUCAUCUGCCAAGAGGAUGGGAUGUGGAGCACGCCUCAGGCCUCAUGCAUCCUCAGACAAAUGAGGCAAAAACUCAAGAAGGAGCUACCAGGAGCAUCUAGCGACACAAGCUCAACACUCACCGGCAUGGUGGCAGCUAUCAUCGCCAUUGUGUUCCUUUUCCUGCUUUCCAUGUGCAUCCUUCUCAUACUCAAAAAGAAGAAGUACUUUUCAAGGGCCAAGAGCCAACCAGCGAAAGUGCCCAGCACUGGCCUCACAGCCAACAACGGAAGUGCCAACAUCUCAUACACGGACAGCAGCGGAACUAUCUACCAGAACGAGGACUUCUACAUGGAGAUACCGCUGAAGACUGCGCAGCAAAAUGGCUCGACCGCAGCCGCACACAAUAACAACCACCUCACCAACGGCAGCCAUCGGGCAAGCCUCAAGGCCGAAGGAAGCGGAGACCGCCGCAAGAGCCUUACGCCGAGCCGCAAGAGUUCCCUCUCGUCGAAAGAGAACAUCUACGAAGAGAUUGCCUUAGCUUCCAAGCAUCGCAGGCUCUCUUUUGGAGGUGUCACGUCCAUCACGACGGGCCCGACGCCCAGUGCAGGAGUCACCGUCGUCCACACGGAGCUGCCGUCCACAGCAGAUGAAAAUCAGGACGAUCGGGAGUCAUCACCAGCACUGUAUGCCAAAGUUGAUUUUGAUCAGAAGAGGAAAUCGCGGCUUAUCAAGGAGCAAAGGUGAGUCGGCCUUCUGUUCUUGGGAGU